UGCCUCGCCACUAGUGUUUGGAAAUGUUCGAUAUUUGUGUUAAAUUCUGAGCGACCUGAAUGAAAAAGAGGCAUGCAUUAGGGCGUCAAUAGAGGGAUUUCCCAGCCCAGCAGUUCCUUGGCAGCGCGUGAAAAGCGGGCAGCGAAGUGUGAAAAUCGAAUCGAAUCGGUUGGCAAUUAAAUCGAAAACUGCGCGAUUCUUAAAUUGCGAUUUGCAGGAGAAGAAGAUGUGUCUAUACCUGCAUGUGCAUGUGUAUCUGUGUGCGAGGAGGGCCACGGCAGUGUGAGUGCGUGUGUGUGUGUGGGUGUGUGUGAUGGUGUGUGGGCACACUGGAAAGAAUCAAUAAAGGAUGUGCUGCGGAUUGCUGAGCGAGAAAAAAGGACGAAAAGAGCGAAUUAACGGUUAACUUUUGGCCCCGAUUAACUAACUAAAUAACGGUUAAAAAAAACGCCCAACGAGUGGGCGCCCAGCGAGAGCGAGUGAGAGAACUUUUUGAAAAUAACGAGAGUGCGUAGGCAGUUAAUUAGCAAAUUAGCGAGUGGGUGGCCGCAGGACAUCAGGAUUUCGCCACAUUUUGGAUUCCUGCACACGAGCAAGAUGAUGAGAAUCUGCCUGCUGAUUGCAUUGCAACUAUCCUUGGCAUACUCCGUGGAGGUGCACUUCGAGGCUCCGGACAGCGGCUUCUUCCUGAAGCACGCCCGCCAACCACCUGUCACGCCGGAAAUAGCCAAUCUGCCGACCUCCUCGGCGGUUCCGCCGCUCCGUCAACGAUCCACCUACGAUUCGGUGCUCUCCCUGGACAGAUUCACCGUCGUGGAGACCACCCAGCCCGUCUCCAUACGCGCCAGCUACGGACCCUUCUCCACCAAGCAAACGGUGCCGGCCCGCUACAUUGUGCCGGACACAAUGGACAGCCAGUCGGGCGAUUACAUGAGCAAUGCCACCCUCCUGGAGCUGCAGCAGCCCAACAUGCAUCUGGAUAUCUCGGCCCAUCUGGUGCGCAACAGCGUCUCGCAGGAUUCGCCUGUGCUGCGGGUGCUCUUCCAUGCCGGCGCCGAUCCCGGUGGCCAUUUGCAGCGCCAGAAGGUCUGCGUCCUGCUGCACGUGGCCAUGGCCUCGGAGCAGCCGCUCAAGGGACGCUGCAUGCCGGAGGGCGAGGAUGGCGUGUGCGUGGCCGAGGUGGUGGUUCCCCUCGGCUGGUGGCCACAGCUACCGGCUCCCAGUCAAGAUGGCAGUGGCCAGGCGACGGCGCCCAAGGUGCCGCAACGCUAUGCGCAGGUCUCCUACAGCGUCUUCGAGCCGCCGCUGAGGAAUCCGGAGCAAUGUGAGCCCAAGGUGCAGAUCCAACCGUUGACCACGUUCGCUCAGGUUCCCCUGCUGGCCGCCAGGACUCCCUAUCGCAUGCUGCGCGCCGACGAUGCGGUGACCUUCCUCCUGCCGCAACAUCCUUUGUAUCCGCUCUCCCGCCUCCAUGUGCCCGUCUUCCUGCAUCAGUAUCCCGACCAGCGGGUGGCUGCCUUCACCGUGCGAGCUCGCGUGAAGGCGGGUUUGAGGAUCCUGGGAGCCACCGCAUCGACGGAUCAGUGGAGCGUCUCGGUGGAGAAGGAGAAUCCCAAGCAUACCACCGCCCGGGUGACGGCCUUCCGCAAGGAGGCCGCCGCCGAAUCCUCCAGUCUGGAGGCGGCGAACCUAACCAGCGAGGUCUUCGAGGUCUUCUCCUGGCUGCUCGAGGUGGCCGAGGAUUCGAACGAUAUUGUGGAUGGCGGGAAGAUUGUGUGGUCCGUGACCCAUGUGUAUGAUACGCCCAAGGAUAAGGAUUCCGGGGAACUAGUGAUACCGGAUGACAACAAGAAGCGACUGAUUGCCAAGCUGGAGAUCAACAAGGACGACAUACAGGCGGUGCUGCCGAUGGCCAAGAUCUGGGAGGUGAUGAACACGGCGGUGCUCACUGGGAGGCAGGUGGCCCAGGCCAUGAAGGUGUUCAUCGUCUCGCAGGCGGGCAAGGUGGCCGAUGUGACGCUCCAGAGCUCCUGUCACGCGGAGGAUGAGAGUGUGAUCAAGGUCUCCUCCUCCUGCAGCUCCGUCUAUGUGGAUGGCUCCGAGCAGCGGGGCUCCUCGAACGCCUCCGUUAUCGUCAAGUACGGCACCUAUGUGGGCGUGGCCAAGUUCAUCGUCUGGAUGCCCGAAUUCCCCCUCGAGGUCUACAUAUCCGACUUCCGUCUCUCACAAAUCAAGGGAUGGAAAGUCACCGAUGACAAUCACUAUCUCCACAACAAGCAGUCGCGGCGCAGGAAGAAGAGAUCCUACGUUUGGGGUCAGCAUGGAACCAACUACUACAACAAUCUGGGGGCAGACAAGACGGUUUGUCGGGCUCGCUAUCAGCAGAGUCCCGUGGAGGUGUACGCCAAAUUCCUGGCGGUGGAUCAGAACUCCGGACGCACCAGCUACUUUAUCUCCAGGCGAACGGGUUUGAGGGUCACGGAUCUGGUGCAGCCGCUGCUCCGGGUGGCCGAUCCCAAGAUUGCCUCCCUGAAGGGUCGCAUUCUGCAGGGCAAGUCGAUGGGACGCACCGAUGUGCAGGUUUUGUCACCCAUCACGGGUCGCGUGAUUGGCACCAAGGAGAUUCGCGUGGGCAGCGAUAAGGUGAAUCUAUCCAAGCUCAUUGUGCGCGUCAUUUCGGGCCUGCAGCUGACAAUCAGUCCGGAUAACACAAUUGAGAAUGGCUACCUGGCGGAGACCUCCGUCACCCACAAGCUGACCGCUCAGUAUCAGGAGGGACUGCUCGACAUCGAUCUGGAGUUCACCGAUGGCUCGAAGACGCCACUGCGCGACAUUGCCGUGGAGGACUACUUCCUGCUGGUGGAGAGCCUGGACACCGAGGUGGUGGCCUUUGCCCCCAUGCUGGCCUCCCAUCAUCCGCGCGUCAUCGCCGUCGGCGAGGGCAAUGGCAACCUGCUGCGCGUCACCCUGCUGCUCUCGGAGGAGUGUCGCCAGCGAAGGGGCACUUUGAGCAGCUCCAAGCAGAACAAAUCGAAUGCUGCGCCGCUGGCCAGUGCCCUCGCAUCCAUCGAGGUGGAUUUCAACAACGUGGAUAUCGUGAGCAAGCAGGAGGCGAUCCAGAACGAUGGCACAGUGGGCAGGGAGAGGAAGAACUACAGGCAAACCGGAGAUCUGGCUGAUAUUAUAGUGGGCAUUCCCCUGCGGGACUCCAGCCAGCUGUACGAGCCCACUGUUCAGGCGCGUCAGCAUCGCGGCAGCAUCCAAGCUGUCCACAAAGGUCAUCAUGGCAAGGGUAUCGGCGGCACUGGGACCAUGACCACCAUGGAACUGGGCAUGUACGUCCUGCUCACCGCCUUCUGCUUCGCCAUCAUUGUCUUUGUGAUCUCCUGCGUGGUGUAUGCCUCCAAAUUCCGGCCGGCCAUGAUUGAAUCUGGCCUGGAUCCGCUGUCGGCGGGCAAGGGCAAUGGGUCGAACGGAGGAGGAGGAGGUGGCUUCCGGGAUGUGCGCUUGAAGGAGUCGACCACGAAUGCCCACGAUUGGGUCUGGCUGGGUCGCUCCACCAUCGAUCGUCAGUCGAUUGUGGCGGAGACCAACACGCAUCUGAAUCCACGCGAUUCCCGCAUGCGCAUCACCAGCAAUCCCAUUGUGAACUACGAUAAUGGACGACGCGUGAGCUCGUUUGACCAGCAGCCCAAGCUGCAGACGCACAUUGUGCCGGCCUCGAAUCUGAACAAGCAGCACGCCGCCGACCACUAUCUGGCCAACGAGCGCAGGGACAAUGCCUUGGACUACAAGCCGCCAGUGCCGCCGCAUAGGAAUGUGGGCUCACGCGCCUGUCUGCCGGUUCAGCCUCUGCCCAGUUCAGGAGGAUCCGCAAAGGAGGCGGCUAACAAGCGACACAGCCAGCUGUACAAAAGGGAACAUCUGCAGAGCAGCAGUAGCGAUAACAAUGCAACCAACCAGCAGCCGAAUCAGCAAGUCCACCAUCCCCUUUCCCAUCCCAAUCCCAAUUCCCAUCCCCAUCAGCAUCAGCGCAGCCAUAGCCAUAGCCACAACUUCAGCCAGGAGCCACUCAUCAAGGCGGCGCACAAUAAAAUAAAGCAGCAGCAGCAGCAACAACAGCAGCAGCAGCACGAGGAGCUGCACAACGCCGAGAAGCUGGUGGAGUACACGAAUCCGCACCAGAAGAACGCAUUUCAGUUCGAUUCGCUGACACCAAAGAGAGUUACCAAAGCAGCCGCGUCCUCGCCGGCAACGCCGUCCACAGCAGCAUCAGUCCAGGGCAAAGCUAAGGAGAACCACAGCAUGGCCAACAGCACUGUGGAUGCGGCCAACUCGAAUGGAACGGACGAGAUCAUGCGGCUGCCACCCAGCGCCGUUAGCCAGGAGCCCACCACGAAAUCGUCGCGUGUCAAACGCGCCACCGUGGUGGGCAAUCCGAUGUUCUCGGCCACCGUCGAUGAGUCCGUCGCCCCCGGCGAGCGUCUUGGGUUGGACGACCUCGACAUGGACUACGAGCAGAUCAUGCACUACUUUGACAACCUAAAGGAGUCAAAUGCCUGAGUACAGGAGAUCAUUGCUAAAAUUCGCGAUAUAUUGUCCACGUUCCAUCACCGAUAUCAGACGGUUGCCACGCCCCUAAGCUCGCCCACUCGCAAGCAGAUGCAGCUGCUCGACGAGCUGGUCGCCGGUGUGGCAACGGCCACGGCAAUCACCGCAAAGAAGCCAGGAGCAGGAGCAGGAGCAGCCGAUGAAGCAUUCGAUGCCUACGAUGGAGCGUUGGACAUCGAGAGCAGGCAGUUCUAAGCAAAAGCAAUUCUAGCAAUAUCCCCAGUACUCGAAACGGAAAUCAUGAGGUCGCUCCAAUCACUAGGAAAGAAAACAAACAAUCCAUGCUGAGGUCGAAAAAAGGCAAACCGGAAACGGAAACGGAAUCAACCGAGCAAGAAGGGAGAAAAGAAAAAGCAAAUACGACGAAGCAGAAGGAGAAACAUAUUUAUUGCUAGGCUAAGUUCAUAUUAAAAAGCAUACACCUAUAGGCAUAUGUAAACGUGGGGAUAAUCCAAAAGUAUCUCGAGGAGCGCGUGCCUGACACAAUCGGAAUCGACGGGCAGCCAUAUAUAGUAUACAAACUAUCUAUAUCUCAGCAACUGUAUCUGUAUCUGUAUCAGUAUCUGCAUAAGUACUAUGGUGUAGUUAAGGAUCAGCCAUCUAAAGCAUAGCUUAGUCCACACAUUUUUCCCAUUUUCCAUUUUCCAUUCUCUUCGCUUCACACACACACACACACGCGCGCGCAUCUUUAGAUAAUGUCGUUCUAUCUGAUCCGUCUGUUUCCAAUCAACUUCUCUAUAUUUAUAUAUAUAUUCACACGAUCUCGGCCCGAUCUUGCAUAUCCUAUAUAUUCUCUCUGUUGUGUGUGCAUGUGAGUGCGUUUUGUGUGCGUGUGUGUGCGCCAGAGAAAGAAAGAGAGAGCGAAAGUGAGGGAGAUAGCGACAGAGAGAAUUAGAGAAAAAGAGGAGAGUUUCCAAAAUGUGCCGGGCACCGCUCCCAAAAGUCGCUAGAACUUAAAAACUGAAUAAUAUACAUGCUAUAUACAAAUAUAUAUAUACAUAUAUAUAUUUAUGAUUAUAAAGCGCGCGCUAAAAUUUAAAGAAUUCAAAAAAUCGAAAGGAUAACCCAAAAAAUGCUGCAUUAUCGAAAAACGAAAAGAAAACUCGAACAGAAAACAUCGCUUUAUAAGUUGGUUAUUGAAGCCUAAUACCUAAAUACCAAUCAUAAAUCUAAACUAGAAAAGAGAAACACACACACAAAACACACAACUCACAUAAUAUAUAGACGCUUAUGAGCUUUAUUUGAUCGAUUGCAUUGAAAAAGGAAAGGAAAGGAAAAAAUCCGAACAGAAAACAGAACCGAAUCACAAAUAGGGGAAAUGUGUAACCAAAUAUUAUAUGAUAUUACCGAGCGAUCCAAGCUUUAUAUAACAAAUUUACCAUAUUUAUAGCAUACGUGCAUAUUUAUUAUCAUUACCAUUAUUAUUAUUACGAUUAUUAUUAUCUUGUCUUAUGAUUAUCAUUAUUGUAUUUAUUACCAACGAGAAAAAGGAACAAGUGCAAAAUUACUUCAAAAAGCCAUACUUGGAAUAGUGAAAUUAGACACACAGACACACACAGAUAAAUCUAAAUGAAAUGCCGUCAGGAUACGCCAAGUCCUCCCCCUCCUAGAAUGGCUAACGUACCCCUCUACCCAUAUAGAGAUACUAUAUAACGAUAUAUAGAUUACGAUAUAUAUUACGAUAUAUUCAUUCACUUGUGUGUCGCACGCGCGCUCUCUUUCUAAGCCAAUCAACACGUAACUAUAUGUAAUUGCAUCUGUUCGUUUUCCUUAUCGAUAUAUAUACGGCUACCAUAUAUAAAAUGAUAUAUGUAUAUCAUAGCACCCGAAAGCUACUUCAUUCCAUUAGCAAAUCAUACUUGUAGCCACUAAUCGCGUUUUUUGUCUUCUUUCGUUUUCCUCUAAGUCUGUUUAAUUUCGUUUGUAAGCUCUAAUGUGUAACUGCAUCUGUAUCUUUAUCUGUAUUUCUAUCUGUAUCCGUACGCAUAAGUGUCUCAUCCGAUUAGUUUAUAUUUUAGAGGCCAUCUAAGUAUUAUGUUCGUUUCCCCCAUUGUUUCAUAAUCAUAUGUUGUAAAUUGUUCCGUCCAAAAAACAAAAAACAAAAAAACAAAAAGCAAAAACGAAAACAAAGCUGAAUGAAACGAUAAACAAAAGCAAAGCAAACAAUUGUAAAACGAAAUUAAGCAAUCUAUAACUGAUUUUUUGUAAGCCUAUAAACAAAAGGCGCAGAAUGCAUUGUUUGUAAACUAAAUUUGUAGUCCUUGCAACAGACUUUUGGACAUUUAUUGCACUGUACUGUACAUAACGUGUUAGGAGUGCAGUGCGUUUCGCAGCUAUAAAGCUAUGAGCCAUGAGAUUAUGAUCGAAAUAGGAUCUUCUGACGAGAAACGAACUGUAGCCUGGCUUUAUAGACCGCCAACGCACUGUGCAUAUUAUUAAACUUAUACUUGAGUUGCUCUCUAUCGAUCUAAGGACUGCUAAACCACACGCAUACACAAAGGACACAUCACAAUCCCUUUGAUUUCGACCUGUAAUAUCAUUAGCAUAUAGAACUAGACUCAAU